AUGAGUGAUAUUGAAGUGAAGAAGGUUGUUGACGAUCCAUUUGCCGGGUUGAAGAAGAAGAAGAAGAAGAGCAAGAGCGUGAAGGAGGAGGAAGUUGGAGCUGACGAGGUUACUGAGGCGCUUAGUGAGCUUACUUUGAAGAAGAAGAAGAAGAAGUCGAAGGAGGUUACUGAUGAGUUUGAGAAGGAGCUGGCCAAGGCCGGUCUUACAGGCGAGAGCAAUAGCAAGGAGUCUUCGGUGGGCCAGGAGUCCUCUAUACAGCAGAACGUCGGUCUGCCAUACCCUGAGUUGCUGUCCAGGUUUUUCAAUAUUCUAAGGGAGAACAACCCAGAGUUGGCUGGCGACAGAAGCGGUCCUAAGUUCAGAAUCCCUCCUCCAGUCUGUUUGCGUGACGGUAAGAAGACUAUUUUCUCUAACAUCGAAGAAAUCUCCGAAAAGCUGCAGAGAUCCACAGAGCACUUGAUCCAGUACCUGUUUGCUGAAUUGGGUACUUCUGGUUCCGUCGACGGUCAAAAGAGACUGGUCAUCAAGGGUAAGUUCCAGUCCAAGCAGAUGGAAAACGUGCUAAGAAGAUACAUUCUGGAAUACGUGACAUGUAAGACUUGUAAGAGUAUCAACACAGAGCUAAAGAAGGAACAAUCCAACAGAUUGUUCUUCAUGGUUUGUAAGAGUUGUGGUUCCACCAGAUCCGUCUCUUCCAUUAAGACAGGUUUCCAAGCCACUGUCGGUAAGAGAAGAAAGAUGUAA